UUUUUUUCUAUUUUAAAAUAAAUAAAUAAUAAUGGAAACGCAAGAAAUUGAACCUUCCGCAACACCUUCUAUUCAAAAUAAGGAUGUUAUUCAAACUGAGACAGUAAUAAAUGUAAAUGAUGAUACUUCGAAUACUUCGAAUGAUACAAUAAAUAAUAAAAUUUAUAAUUUAUACGAGCAACAUGUAAAAAAAUUUGGAGAAUUUAGAAAACAAAUUAAUUUACUUUUGAAAAAUCUUUUUGACGAUUGUUUUAAUAAUCUAAAUAAGAAUAUUAAAGUAGAAACAGAAUCUAUUGAUUCCAAUAAUGUUAUUGAUGUGGAAGAUUUUCGUAAGAAUCUUGAAGAAACGUUUAUUUCUCAAUCAAAAGAAAUUAAAAGUUUGGAUGCUCGUAUAGAAGAAUUGAAAUCCGAUUCUAUCGUUAGAGAUCAAGAUAUUGAAAAAUUUAAACAAGAAUUUGAUACUUUCAAAAAAAAAAGUCGAUCAUUACUUAAAACUACACCAACGCAAAAUAAUAGGGAAAAUAGUUCUUUGAUUAUGAAUGAAAAAGAACAUAACGAAAAAGAAAAUUCUAUUGGCGGAUCUUCAACAUCUCAACAAUCUGAUAAAUCAAAGAAUAAAAAAAGAUCAAAUAAACAAGUUCACAGAGAAAUUUGCCAAUAUGUCAAUAAACAUAAGAACAAACCUAAGAAAUAUAAAGAUAAUACUUUUAAAUAUUUAAGAAGUGAUUUUACUAUCGAAGAUCUUUUAAAAUACGAAAAAUCGGUAUCAUUCCAUUCAUUAGACGAUAACGUUAAAGAAAGUGUUAGAUUAUCAAUUAAUGGAUUGCUAAAGGAAGAAUUGACUUUUAGGAAAAGGGAGUUAUCACAACCUAUUAAUGUUUACAUAGAUAGAAAUUUAGUUCCUUCAUUACCAUCAGGUGUUAAAAGUUAUAAUGAAUUUCAAAAAACUAGAGAAUUUGAUUCAUUAUCCGACAAGAUCAAAAUAGGAAUUGGGAAAUUGAUUUUAAUAGAAAAAUGAUGUAAUAUAUUAUAUAUGCUGUAAUCUGCAGUAUCUGAAGUAUUGGUAGUAUCUAUAUUUUGUAGUAUCAUAUAAAUUAUUAAUCAAUUCAAUAAAUUAUAUACUGUAAAUUUUCAAUUUAUUUGUGAAAUUUUUAUAUGGGAAUCCACGGCGGGUUUCGAGUCCGACCUAUCAUAUCAAAGUUAUUAAAAUACGCGUAAUAAGCUAGGAUAUCCGUGAUAC